AUGGCCGUUUUGUCACUGCGGCGGACUUGGGGGCAAUGGCAUCAUCAUCAUCUUUGCCCGCGUUUCACAACGUCAGCAACAAGCAGGUGGAGCAAGAAAGAGUGGGAAUGGGUUGCGUCGAGUUUGGUGGGCUUGGAGACGUUCAGCGUCUGGGCGACAGUUGACUUAGUAGCAGGCGCGUCUUUCGCGGAGGCGGAUGGAUGGUCGCGUUGGGUUGGGGGCGCGGCAUGGCGGACAAACGCGAUCAGACGAGUGGCACAGGUGUCGGUGGACAAAGUUGAUGGUCAAGCCGGGUGUCAUGGCAUUGCAUCCGAAGGGCAUUUGAGCGAGUCAAAGGCAGCCCUAGCGACGAUGGGCCUAGUCCAAACCAUGGGUGAGGGAGGGCGAGCGAGGGAGCGGCAUGGAAGCCACGACCCCGCCAGACUGGAAACCUUCCUGGAAUGGUCGAAGAUCAGGGCCUUGGGCGAGCCAGCCAAUUGCCAGGCCGGAGCCGGCGGCUUGGUGGAGGUGGUGGAGGGCGUGGUGGAGAGAGAGGGCUUGGUGGGCGAGGUGGGCCGAAGCUAUGGAAGCCACGACGACUUCCCCGGCGCCGAAGCAGUGGCAGGACCACGCACGACCACCAACGCAUCCACUCGCACCCUCGCACCCGUACGCUCGACCGCCGCAGAGACGAUAGUAGAGAGGCAGAGGCCCUUUAAAUUGCACACGCCCUCGCCCUCGCAUGUGAAGCCGCUGACAGGCGAGGCAGCUAGACGCGCCUCUGGAUCAAUCAGCUGUGCGGCCAAUGUGGGGGAAGACGGCCUGGCGGAUCCCAUCGGGCCUGUUCGACUCGACCACCGCCGCCUGUCCCGCUCCUCUGCUCCCGCCGCUUUAACACACACACGCCCAUUUAGGCCUCGCCGGCGGCUUCACAACUCUGCAUCCGCUGCAUUCAAUAGCUCGCUGCUAUUUUGUGCCGCCAGUUGCACACCCACCCCGGCCUGCACAACUCUUCCGUUUACCGCCAUUGUGUGUGUGUGUGUGUUGGUGUCGAGGCUGGAUGGAUGGGCGACGGUCAGCAUCACGAGCGGCGGCCAACCACGCCCGCCCGCCCGUUGGCCCUCCAUAGAUAGAACACUGUCCAUGGGAGCACCCUACACCUACCGUGGCAUCGCAAUUCCCGCAUGCUAUGCCAUGUUGGCUACCAUUGCUGCUGCUGCUGCUAUUACAAGUACUUACUCGGCCGCCGGCCAUGUGGCAAACCAGGCUCUGAAACAGACUUGCACCAUGGAUUCAGGCCGUAAGUGCAAGCCUGGCUAUAUGCCCAUCCAUCCCAUCCACGUCCCCAUCCCACUCGACCCUCCAUGUCGUCGUAGGGCUCUGGCAGUGGGCACAGUAGGAUGGAAAAAGAACGGUACUGGUGGCGACGUGCAGCUCGCCGCACACGAGCAUGUCGCACCAUGGGCCGCUGGCCGUCUUCGUAGCCACUGGGAGACGGCGCUGCCCGGCUGCUCCAGCUGGCAGGGCGAUGCAGGCCUCUUGCUCUUGCAUCAUGGCUGA